AUGCCCUUCUCCCUCCGUCCCAAGACCUCAAAGGUCUCACCCGCCACCGACGACAACAACAUCGCCGCGACGACGACAAUCACGCAGCAAGACACCUCGACCACGACGUCCGAAGGGGAGAAGAAAGCGAUGCCGAACAGCGGCCUCCGCCCCGCCGGCCCCGGCUUCGGCAAGCUGGGCGACGAGGAGUACGAGCUGCGCAAUGUGGACACGCCCGGAUCCCGCGACAACGCCCCCGGCGCGGGGCAGCACCAGCCCUACUCGGAUGCUGUCGCCGGCGGCGACGACAACGGGUCUGUGAUGGAGGGCACGGCGACGGAGUACCGCACGUACAAGCGCCGCUGGUUCGGGCUGGCGCAGUUGACGCUGCUGAACGUAAUUGUGUCGUGGGAUUGGCUCACCUUCGGCCCCGUCGCCUCCACGGCCGCAACGUACUACAACGUCUCCGAGUCCGCCAUCAACUGGCUCUCCACCGCCUUCAUGUUCGCCUUCGUCGCCAUCUUCCCGCUGACCAUCAAGAUCCUCCACCGCGGCCCGAAACCCUCCUUCAUGACCGCCGCCGCCCUCAUCCUCGUCGGCAACUGGGUCCGCUUCGCCGGCUCCCACUCCAAGUCCCCCACGGGCGGCAACUUCGGCGUCGUCAUGUUCGGCCAGAUCCUCACCGGCCUCGCUCAGCCCUUCGUCCUCGCCGCGCCCACCCGCUACUCCGACCUCUGGUUCACCACCCGCGGCCGCGUCGCCGCCACCGCCCUCACCUCCCUCGCGAACCCCCUCGGCGCCGCCCUCGGCCAGCUCAUCGUCCCCUUCUGGGUGUCCUCCCCCCAAGACAUGUCCAACGGCGUGCUCUACGUCUCCGUCAUCUCCACCGUCGCCGCCCUCCCCUCCUUCUUCAUCCCCGCGCGCCCGCCCACCCCCGUCGCCCCCUCCUCGCGCACCCUCAAGCUCGGCAUCCGCGAGUCCUUCGCCAUCGUCUCCCGCUCCCUCGAGCUGUGGCUCGUUCUCAUCCCCUACGCCUUCUACGUGGGCUUCUUCAACUCCGUCUCCUCGCUGCUCAACCAGAUGAUGCAGCCCUACGGCUUCUCCGACGAGGAGGCCGGCAUCGCGGGCGCGCUGCUCAUCGUCGUCGGGCUGGUCGCGUCCGCAAUCACGUCCCCGAUCCUCGACCGCACAAAGGCCUUCCUGCUCGCCAUCAAGACCGCCGUCCCCGUGAUCGGGCUCGCCUACCUCGUCUUCAUCUGGAUGCCCGAGACGCGCAACAUCGCCGGGCCGUACGUCGUUCUCGCUGUGCUUGGCGCCGCGUCUUUCUCGCUUGUCCCCGUCGCCCUCGAGCUGCUCAUCGAGCUGUCGCACCCGGUGUCCCCCGAGGUCACGAGCACCAUCGCCUGGGCCGGCGGGCAGUUCCUUGGCGCCAUCUUCAUUAUCAUUUCUGAUGCCCUGCAGGCCCCCGAGACGGCGUCUCCGCCGCGGAACAUGAAGAACGCGCUCAUCUUCCAGGCUGUUCUUGCUGUCGUGAUUGUGCCGCUGCCCAUGAUGUUGGGCCUGUUUGGGCGUAGUGAUAGGGUGAGCCUCCGCCGCGUGCGGUCAGACCAGGCGGGCACGCGGGCGGCGUAG